UACUACCUAGGAUUCAUCAAGAUAAGUCACUGCAAAGCAGUGGUGGAUACCCUUUUUUCUUAAGAUAGCAGAAAUCAGCAUUUAUUAACCCAUAUACAUAUAUGUAUACAUAUGCAUGUCUUGUAUUGAUAUAGUACUGUACUUUUUCACUAGUGGAUCUGUUGGUAUUUAAAUCCAUAUAUCUAUCUAUAUAUAUAUAUGUCGUCCCUACUCGAAGAGGAAAAUUCUGACCCCAAAAUUAUUAUUUCUCCUCAUGGAUCCUCCAAAACCAAAGCCAUCUUCCUCCGAAACUUCAAACGUAAUCCCUGCCUCCUGCUUCAACCCUUCAAUGGCGGACACUGAGACAAACCAAAGGACAAAACAAUUACCGCACGAAGAAGACGAUGCGGUUAACGAAGAAGCUGAUCUUAAACUGGAUCUAAGUCUCUACUCCAGUAAAGAAUAUUCAAGUCAAGAACUCAAUCUCAUUGAUUCUUUCGAUCAUCAAGAUAAGAACUUCUCGGAAACUCCUCCUCAUGAUCAAGAUAAUCAAACGGCUGAGCCUCGAGUCUUCUCAUGCAACUUCUGCCACCGGAAAUUCUACAGUUCACAGGCAUUAGGCGGUCACCAAAACGCUCACAAGCGAGAAAGGACGCUGGCAAAACGUGGAGGAAACCGAGUCACCGGAGCCGCCGGUUUCUCAUUCGGAAACCCUAAUAGUUACUCCAUUCUUCCUCUGCAUGGCUCACUGGGAAUUCAGCUUCACUCCGUCAUCCACAAGCCAUCAUUUUCGUCAUCAACCUUCACUGUAGCAUGGCCGUCGACGGCGAGACCUCCGGCAACCGGCCGGCUAGGCAAUUUACAGAAUAUUGUUCCAUCUACUGCAAGAUUUCGGAGAUCAUUAAAUGGGUUUUCUUCAGGGACCGAAAUAAUUGGUGGGUAUCGGUGGGAUAACCAUUUGAAGACUAAGCAAGAUGAAUUGAAGAAGCUUGACUUGUCUCUCAAGCUCUGAAAAUUACUUGUUUUUCUCUUUUACUUUUUAACUUUUUCUGGUAAAUUUAACUUUUUUCUUUUCUUCUUUUCGACAUUUGUUUAUUACCUUUUUUUACUUUUUUUUUUUUAAUUUCUAAAUUGUUCUUGAUUAUUUCAAUUAAGUGACUCCUCAGCUUCUGUAUUUGGUUGGAAUAUUAUUUAUGAUCGCCUGUAAAUGUAAUUUGGCUUGU